UUAGAGAUGUAUUUUGUAAGGAAAUUGAUUUUGUAAUUGACUACUUCAGUAAGGUCAUAUGUAAUAUCUCAAUUAAAUUUAUAGUAAUGACACUAUCAAGUUGAAGACUGAAGCAAAGAAGAAAGAUGAAGUUCAAGCUACAAAGUCAUAUUCAAAAAUUUCCCAGAAUCCUUUGAAGCUUAUGUAAAAAUAAUGACCUAGAGACCUUAGUUGCCUUGGUUUUUACUUUGGUUUGCUCAGGAUAUUAGUAAUUGGACUUAAAUUGUUUGGUACAUGACUCUUGCUCCUUUUAUUGAGAAAGCUUUUUGAAAUUUAAUGUUCUUUUGAAAACCCUAAUUCAGUCAUGAAACGGGUUCUUAUUGAGCAACGCCUGUUAGUGCUCAAGAGAGCAAGUUUUUGUUGCAUUUUUAACUGAAAAACCAAUAGGAACCGCUGAAAGCUUGUUGGCCUACGACUCGAGUGGUCUCUGAACACUUGGGGAGAAAAUUAGAGAAACGUUAGAAUCUGGAUAGUAGCCACUGCUGGUUGACGACUUGAGCGGUCUGCCAGACGACUUGAGCGGUAGCUCGACCAGUCUCUGUUCUAGAGGUUUGCCCAAUGACUGCCAGCCAACAAUUCGAAAGGUGUCUUGCAAAUUUAAGUCUUCUUGUGUCUUAAUUAUUCUCUAUUUUUAGACCUAUAAAUAAAGGAUGAUCUUUUCUCGCUAGGUAAGCCUUGAUGAGCAUUAUAAGCCUAAAAAUAUUGUCACCUAUAAUUCUAAAGAGUUCAGCACAAACUAGUAUCCCUAGGCAACGUAAGACAAAAUUUACAAGGUCGAUCUUGUUUUAUACCUUCAAUCUUGAAGAUUAGAGAGAUCAAGUAGAAAUUCACCAAACUCACAGUUUGAAAGAGUUGACAAAUUUUCUAUGAAACUGUAGAGAAAUAACUAUCGAGUACUCAAAUCAAAUGAAGAGAUUGGGAACUACUUUGUUUGGAUUGUUGUCGGAGGCACUUGAGCUCAAACCUGACCACCUCAUUGGCAUGGAUUGUGCUAAGGGCCAUGCAAUUCUGUGUAACUACUACCCAGCAUGUCCAGACCCUGAUCUUACUAUGGGCACUAGCAAACAUUCUGAUCCUGAUUUUUUGACAAUCCCACUUCAAGACGAUAUUGGUGGAAUCCAAGUACUUCAUCGAAUGCAAUGGGUCAAUGUUCCUCCUGUGUCUGGAGCUUUAGUGAUAAACGUCGGCGAUCUCUUACAGGUGGUUGUCGCUCUUUCACAUGCUGCAAUCUUAGAAGAGUCAAUGAGGGCCAGGGAUCUUUUAAUGCAGCAGAAUUUUGCACUUGAUCAGGAUAGAAAAGAAUCUGAAACUGCUGUUCGAGCUCGCAAUGAUUUCCUGGAUGUUAUGAACCAUGAGAUGAGAACUCCUAUGCAUGAGAACACCUCAUAAUAAUUCAAGAAUGAAUGAAUUACAACUGAUCUAGCUAUUUCAGCAGAACAAAAUUAUGGCAAUAUCUAAAAUUAGAUAAAAAUAGAUAGAGUAAGACAUAUCAUACCACUCACCCACAACGAUGGUUAAACCCAAGUGACACAAUGCUCAUAAAUGCUACAGUGCCUGUCCCUGUAGCAAUUGAAAGUUUGAAUGGUCAAAUAAGCAUUUAUUGAAUAAGAGAAGUAUGAAGAUGUUAGCAACAACAAUUACAUUCAUGUACUAUAAAAGAAAACACAUCGAGACAGAGCUCGAAUAUUGCUGUGGAAAGAAACACAUGAAUCAACAUUCCUGAAAAGCUUUAACAACCAGUACUAGGUUACAUAAUAUACUCCUCAAAAUGAUCUCAACUAGGAAAUGCUACUUUUACAACAAAUUGCGUUGGUAAUUUAUCGAACACGUGGUAUGCAGUGACCAGGAGAAAGGAGAAAGGGAAA